UAAAAAAAAAAAAAAAAAAGGCACUUCUUCAAAGAAAUGAUUUCACAUUCUUUCCACAGAUAUGACAGCCACUCAGGACCUCCUGUGUCUAUGAGGCGAACCAUUACGAUGGAAGCUGGCCGUUGAUGCUGAGGGGUUCUUGCCAAGAUCUGAGCAGGCAAAAAUACACAGCUCACCUCUGGAAAAUCCACGAGUUGAGAGUGCAUUUGUCCCCCGGCCAACAGGCAUGAGGGAGGGAAGUGGCAUGCCCCCGUGGGAUGCCUCACUGCUGGAAAAUGAGUUUUUCCAAGUUUUAGAUGAUUUGGAUAACAAACUGGCUCAGGAACAGUGUCCAAGCUCAGUGAAUACCACAACACCUCUCAACUAUGGAUCGAGAACACAGUUCAGUCAUUUCUACUCUAGGGGAAACACACAUGGUAAUAUCACAGGACGGCACAAAAACCACUAUAAUGAAACUUCUAAUAUGUCUAUCUAUGACAUCCUAAGACCAGGAGCCCCUAGGGAAGGUUUUAAAAUCUUUUCUCCUAGAACAAAAGCAAUUUAUGAUAUGUACAGGACAAGGGAGCCCAGACUCUUAAAAGAAGAUUAUGUGCAAAAGAAUACUUUUGGUAGUACUUCUCUGUGUUUCGACAGCAGGCAACAAUCGGCUUCACCAGCUACAAGAUAUUUCACAGCAAGAAGCUUACAUUUUCCAACCACCACUCAGAACAAGAGUGGGUUUAUACCACCAAGACACCAGCAGAGCCCAAAGAGAACUCCUUUAUCAUCCAUCAUAUGGAAUAGAUCAGAUUCUUCUGGAGAUAGGCAGAGCCAAGAAGAGUUCCUGAGGGCCCCGUCACCCAUGGAGAUUGAUACUGCCGACCAGUAUACGUAUCCCAGGUGUUUUCAGGAGAACAGGAGAUAUGGAUUUUACCGUUCACAGAGUGUUUGCCAAGGUGUUCAUUUUAAUGCCCCCAUGUAUAAUGCAAUGAGUCCUGACCCGUUUGAGAACUCAGAGAAUAUGCCAUUCUACCCUCAAAAAAACCCAUUUGCUAGAUCUUUCUCUAGCAACACCUUUGGACGAAACAGGGAACAGAGAUUUAGGCAAAGUCCUUUUUGGGACCAACAGGAAGAACAUUCUUCCUGGUCUGACUUCCAUCAAAGCCAGCAUCCAUUCCCUUCUUUUGAGAGAGACUCUGAAAUGAUUUCCACAGAAGCAAAUAGUGCCUUAGCUGCUCGUGGCCAUAGUGUUCUUUCUCAACACUGGGGAUCAUUUUCUUCUAGUUACAGAACAAAUAUGUUCAGAGAUCAAGAAGAGCCACAUCCCUGGCAGUUUGAUUCUCAGACACCCAUGCUGGAGAGCAUGGAGGUGUCACAAGGUAAUGAGAGCCAGUGGACUCAUUUCAACAUGCCCAAUGUUUGCCCUAUGACUGGUCCAAGCUAUCACAUCACAUCUGGUAGGUCAGUAUGUCAAGAGGGCAGUCCUCCUACAGAAGUCCAUAUCAACAAAGAACCUUACUCAUUUGGAAUUGCUCAGACUCUAGCAUCCUCAUUUAAAACUUCCUUCCCCCAGAUUCCUGAUGACAGAGGGAAUCCUCAGAGUCCCAUCUUUCAGAAUCCCACAGUCACUGUGCAGAAAAUUAAGCCUGCCUCUCUUCCAGUAAAAACCUAUACACAAGUCACUGUGACCAAGAGGAAUUCAGUUGAUUCUCCACCUCUUACUGAAAGCCCACCCAAUAUCUCAGCCACAGAUGUGAGUCAUGAGAAAGACUUGAAUGAAUCUGUUUUGGAAGAAGAUAAACAACUAAACAAGAUGGACCAGACAAACAUGACAAGUGAAGUACCCCAACCUGAUUCACAAACUGUAAUCUCUAACCUUUCCCCCGAUUUUCGAAAUCCCCUGUCCCAGGACUCAGCUAAGAGCAAAGGAUUUGCUUUGAAUGCAUCUACCACAGUAAGUUCAAAAAUGUCACCUGGAGUUAUUGCCAGGAAAGAUAUAUCCAAAAUUCAUCUAUCACACAGAGAUAAAUCCAAUGAGCUAAAAAAAGAUAGGAAUUUUACUGGGAAUAGAAAAGUUGGCUCAGCAACUGCCCUUCCUUUUAUUCAGGAAAGCAGAACAACAUCUAUUCCCAGCCCAAAUCCAGGUGGUCACCAGGAAGUAAGAGUAAGCCAUGAAGAUAGUUCAGGCAUUAUUAGAAAUCACCACUGGAGCUCUGCACCUGAUAAUCAAAGUGCACAGUCUCCGGAAAAGCCUGCUAUUUCAGAUGCCGAGGAAGAACAACAUAGCACAACUCAUUCUAUGAACUGUAGCAGAUCAGCUGCUGGUCACAAGAUCCCGGGGGAUUCUUUAGACCUGUCAUCAGGUAUAGCACCUGAUGACUCACCGUCAAAUAAUUCUUCCCUUGAGGCUCUGGCGAUUCCUUCUACAACAGCGUUCUCCAGGAAAAGUCCUUCAGGCAAAGAUCCAUCUUUGGGAGAAGGGGAACAAAAAGACAAUGAUAGUAAACACCAAAAUGAUCAGUUUGCCCUAAGCUCCUCAGAAAACCAAAAGAGUCAUGAUAAUUGUGUGCUUGUACAUAAUGAGGUGGUUGAUGCUGUCAAAUGCCAUUCCCUCCCUCCUUUCAAGGAUGGAAAAGCAAAAGGAAAAAUAAGACGAUGCAUUUCCUGUUUUGAAAAGUUAAGCAAAACGGAAAGCAGAUCAGCACCUACAAGUGAUAACAGUAACCUCAGGGAGAUGAAUGGAAGCAAUUCCAAGUGUCCUGAGGUUCACACUACUUAUUGUAUCUCGCCAAGAAAAUCAGCCAGUUUUCUCAUCAAUAACAGGAAGUCAGAAAGUAAGAUAAUGCCUUCUUCAUUUAGGAAUGAACCACUUCCAUUCCAAAUCAAAAAUAAGGUGGAAGACCCAAGAGGGAAGUACGCGUCAAACAAAUUCAGUUCCAGUUCUUUGGAGUCAGAAAGCAGAUGUUCCAAAGCAGUUUCAGACUCCGUCUCAGUAGCACCUGAAGCCACAAAGAGGAUGACAAAUAUGAAAAACAUUGGAUCUGCUUCUGUUAGAAAAGGACCACUUCCAUUCCUCACCAGGAGGGCUGUGUCAUGUCCUUCAGGGGCACCAGAUGCCUCAAAUGGGAGAGAUGAAAGAGAAGAAUGCUUGGUCUCAAGCACAGAUGCUUCUGCUCUAACACUAAGACCUUGGGAGACAAUCAAUAGCCCUCCGGAAAAUAACCCACCUGUUAGCGAUUGUUCUUUACCCAAAGGGCACCCCCAAAAGGAAAACUUUCGAGAACACACUGAAAAGGAUCGUAAAGUUGCUGCCUCCAGGACAGGUCUGUUCUCAAAUGAAGACCCUUUACCUUUUUCCUCAGAUAUGUCAAGAAAAGAAAGUGGGAAAACAUUACAUAAAUUUAAGACUACUAGUAUGUUUUCGGUUUCUGGUGAUGAAGAUAAUGUGAAAUGUCUUGAGGUGGUUUCAAUAUAUUACACCCUGCCAAGGAAAUACAGCAAAAAAUUCUGUAACAUUCUCGAAAAGUUUACACAGCAAAUCGAUUCACUUACAGAAUCAACUAAAGCGGAGACCGAAGCAUUUCCUAAUGCUUUUGAAAAGGACAAACUAAAUUAUUCUAUACAAGAGCAGUCAGGAACACCUUCCUCUGAAGGUCAAAAGAUGCUGGUCAGCUCUGCUCAGGAGAAGAGCCAUUGUGUUUCUCACACCACUGAAGAUACGACGGCUUCACCAGACCCGAGGCCCUCAGAGCCCACAUUACAGGAAAUGGCUUCUACUGCGGCAGAUGUUUCUCUUCAUAAAGGAGAAUCGAAAACUGGAGCGAUUUCCCCAGAUAACUUCACUAAAACACCUCUAGGCGAUGCACAGAGCAGAAAGGAGAGAGGGAAAAAAUGGCAGAGUGAAACCCUGCAUGUUUUAUCAAUGCUUCAGGGAAAAAAAGUUACAGAAGAGAAAUUGGAAAACUGUCAGCAGCCCGUUAAGUUGGGUAACGGUGGUCCUUCUAAUCUUCCGGCCCAUUCAGAAGAGAAUGUUGGAAAUUCCCAAACCGUAAGAAGUCCUGAGGAGUGUGCAGGUAAUGCUGUGGUCAUUACAGCUCCUGGAACUGCAGAAUGCCUUCAGAAAGAUAUCACAGGCGAAGCUGUGGUUGGUAGCUCCAGUGGAUUGCAGCCGAGGCAGGUCAGAGGGGAAAUUGGAACAGAUUUCCAAAAAGAGAGUAUUAAAGCACUUUAUGACUCGGAAAGGCAGGUCUUUGCUCUUCCUCCAGCUUUGCAUAAUCUACAGCUUGACAAAGGGACUUGUUCAGGAGAGCCAGAUUUAGACAGUUUGCAGUCUGAACCCAGAGAACUACCGCAAAGGAGUCAGGAGGUAAGUAUGACAGAGAACAGUAAAGCUGAAGACGAAAUGCAAAAGUUGGCAUGGGAUCAACCUUCACUUCCUGAAGGAAACAAUAAAAAUAAAACCAGCGUGGAUGACCCAGAAAAAGGAAAAAACAGAUCUUUAGUUAAACACAGAUUGGCAGCCAUGUCCAAAGCCAGCAGAAAAUUCUCAGCUAAAGAUUUAAGCCCCAGAAGACAUGUAGCUACUAUCUUCCCACAAAGUGGAAACAGCUGUGGCUUUGGCAGCCUAUCUCUUGGCACACCAGAGCGCGACCCUCUGUCCCCUCAGCCUACUCCAAAGUCCAGAGAAUCCAGAAAUGAACGCAGGUUGAGUAGCGAUGUCAUGGAGGCGGAGAAAUCCGAGAACUCUCUCCAGGUUCCUGUAAUAUCCAACAGAGAAGCUUCUACACAGUUAAGCAAUCAGAAGUCUAACGGCAUUUCACAACUACGUCAGAGUGAGUCUAAAAAUAUCUCAGCAUCAUCACCAAAGUAUGAGAAGUCUAAAGAUGUAGCAGCAGCUCAGACCUUGGAAAGAGAGUCAGGAGACUUGGCCCAACCCACAUUCCCCAGCCGCGGGGAAGCAGACUUCUCUGACCAUCAGAGAAGACUGAACCCUCCUUUUCCACUGGAGCCCGCAGAGAAAUCCAGAGGAAGCAUCCCGUUGCCCACUUACCGGCAGCAACGAAGUGCUUCAUCUCUGGAAUGGGAACCUGAACCACAUCCCUAUCGUUCAAACAGUUUAAAAAGCAUCAGUGUGCACGGUGAUCUGGUACGCAAAAGUCAUCCUCCAAAAGUCAGGGAGCGCCAUUUUUCUGAGAACACGUCUAUUGUCAAUGCCCUGAGUCAACUGACCCUAGGGAAUGAAUUCUCCAGUGACAGCAGGUACAGUCGAAGAUUCAGAUCCUUUUCUGAGCUUUCCUCCUGUAAUGCAAAUGAAAAUCGGGCUUUGUGUAGUGGCAGGACAAAAAUGGGCCCCAGGUCGGCAACAUCUAUAUCCAGACCCAUUGACUAUGGAAUUUUUGGGAAAGAACAACAGUUGGCUUUCUUGGAGAAUGUAAAGAGGUCACUCACGCAAGGAAGAUUAUGGAAGCCAAGUUUUCUCAAGAACCCUGGCUUCCUAAAAGAUGAUGUAAUUAAUGCUCCUAAUCCAACAGAGCUAUCCAGCUCAAAUUCUCCUCUCAGCCAGAUGCCAGAAGAUGCCUUAUCUCCAAGCGCACCACUUAAUAUCUAUGAAGAGAAUCCAGUGGACUCAGACUGUGACACAGACACAACCACGGAUGAUGAAUACUAUCUAGAUGAAAAUGACAAAGAGUCAGAACUGUGAGCCUUCCUCAAUAAAAUGCAUAACCUUUCCACCAAAAGCUUGUACUGGAAAUGAAGUGUAAAUGUGUAUGCCCUUGAGAAGGACAGUAUAAAAAAGAUCUGGUCUGAGCAGCACCUGCUCUGAAACAACCCAAAUUCUCUUCCCUCCCUUCCCUACAACAUAUAUAUAUAUUUCCUAAAUUCUAGAGCAAAUUAUUUUUUAUUUUGGGGGAUUCUCUGCUGUUUUCUCUCUCUUGGCCUUACUUCCCUCCUGUCCCCUCACUGUCCAACUUUGGCUUUCUGCUUUACUUUACUUUCUCCUUAACUUUUUUUACACCUUUCAUUGUGAUUCACAACCCUAAUACCCCCGGCACUUACAGAAGUAAUAACUUCAAUAAGUUAGAAAAUUCUGUACUGCCCCUUCCAAUCCACACCCUAUAUUCAUGACAUUAAAUAAAGUGUAGGGAUAAUGACAGUGGAGUAAAUGUUACCAUCCUGUUUGACCUAGCAUUUAGGAGGUUUAGGGUUGUUUUUUGUUUUUGUUUUUUUUCCUUUCAAACAAAGAUAAGGGAAUUUUCAUAAAGGCAUCCUAUUAGAUGGAAGCAGAUGUUUGAUGUAUUUAUUGAGGUUAGAGAUGAGGAGCUGAAUCCCUAUUAAGCCAAAAAUAUUAGUACUUCUAGGACUACAUUUGAAGACAUUCGUAGGGACUGGCUGACUUGUUAAGGGCUGAGGUUUAAUCAAGUCAAGGACUCAGGCCAGGUAGCAUGAUGGUACAGAAGGUGGCUUGGCCACAGAAUUCCUGCUUAGGAAGGAAGCAUGACUGGGGAUGCAGGUAAGUGGACAUCCUUCGUGGGAUGGACAUCCUCACUGCAGCUCUCUCCCCAACUGGUUUUCCCCAUUUCUGCAGGACUACCCAUUUCUGGAGUUUCUUUAUUUACAGGAUAGAACGCUUUAUUUCAUGUGCACGUUUUAGUCACGAAUAUCAAGCGAUAGCCUUGGCGACGCCCCUAAAAUGCCGCUGAGUGAGAUCAGACACACUGGGUUUCACUGGCUUCUUUGCAGGAUCAUUUACCAAACCCACGGGAAAUUAUAAGGCAGAGCUUCUAAGGGCUUGUCACUAUGAUUUCUUCAAUAAUGUAUCUAGACUAAAUACUCUUCAUAUCCACAACUUGGCUUUCUAACUCUUUGGUUGCCAAGCCAACCUUCUGGAACUUUCCCUCCUAAUAGGAUAAACACCAAUAGAUGGCGGUAAAGAUAAUUCACUAGAACUACAGAAAGCCUGCCAUCUAGGACCUUAGUGCUGUGAGGGUCCACAUGAGUGGAUUUCCUUCCGAUUGCUUCAUAUUUGCUUCCUGACCCAAUUCUCUUUUCCAUUUUUCUCACCUAGUCUGUUUCAUCCAUAUAAAUUAAGGAUAAUGAUAGUGUUGGUGAAGCAUACAGAGAUCUAGAACUGAUAGAAAUGCAAGAAAGAACUAUAUUAUUAUUAUCCUCCUAACCAUUGCUUUGCCUGGAAGCAAAAUACCAGGGCGACUUCACAUCAUUCCCAUGAAACUCAAAACUAAUAAACAUGUGGUAACUAACAUGAAAGUUAUUCCUUAAAUCUGUAAAUUGUUUUAAAGUCCAGGCUCUGACCAAUAUCAAGCUCAAAGAGACUGAUAAUAGAAUUUUAAAUCAACUGUUCUGGAUAUUUCAAUUUAAAUGGUAAAGAAUAAAUAACAUUUUAUUCAUUUUUUAUUUAUGUUUGUAAAUUCUACCUUUCCCCUUCCCCUUCUAUUUAUCUGAUUAUUUAAGUACAAGUUUCAUAAACCAUGACUUCUGUUUUCCAUCUAAUUUUAAGAUAUUCAGAGUUCAUAUUUUAAUGUUAAGCUUCUCAAUUUUUGAAAAAUGAUCAACUUGCAAGUUCUAUUUCAGUAAAUACUCUGAGUUUACAUGUACGUUACAGAAGGCGAAAUGAAGUUAGCUUAUUUUUCACUGAGUUUAGGCUAUAUCAACAGUUAAAUUAAGGUGAGGAUAAACAAUUACUCUGAGGCCCUCCUUCUCUGCACUGGAAUCUCCUAUUUGAAUUCAGAGGUAAUUGAUGGCUGAUUCUCACCUGCACUGUUUGUAAUGUUUGCUUGUUGGUCUGGCUCAAGAAUCAAAGAAACAGAAAAUUCAUAAAAAUAGCACUUCUAGGGGUACCCGGGUGGCUCAGUCGGUUGAGCGUCUGACUCUCAAUUUCAACUC